AUGGUAACAGCCCCCCAAGACGGAGCCACGCGGGAGUCGUGGGGCUAUAAACUGGAAGCUCCUCCUUUCCUGUCUCGAGCCCUUGCAGCGGCUGUGACUGCUACUCGUGCGGCCCUUGCGAUUACUGCUGCUCGAGCAGCUCCUCCAGCUGCUGCUGCAGUUGAAGCUCCGGCAGCUCUUGCUGCCGAUGCUGCUCCAAUUGCUCCUCAAGCUGCACCUGCGCCUCUUGCUGCUGCUGCACCUGUGCCUCCUGCUCUUGCUGCUGCUGCUCCUAUGCCUCCUGCUGCUGCCACUGCUGCACCUACGCCUCUUGCUGCUGCUGCUGCUGCCUUUGCCGACGAUGAUGCUCUCCCUCUUCCUCCUCCCUCAUCUCCUGCUGCUCCUCCUCGUCCUUCCUCCUUUUCGCUUCCUCGAUGGAGUGGAGCCCAAUGGGCCACAGAGUCCGUCCCUUAA